UUGUCUGACGACCUUUUCAGGAGGAAGUGAAGCUUAGACGAAGCAGCUAGCUAAGCGGAGGGAGAGAAAAAAAAUAAAAAAAAUAGUAAGACAGAGAGGAGGAGGAAACUUCAGCCACUAUACAGGAAUUUGAUAAAGUUGGACCCCGAGAGUCCAGAAAUGAUGGAAGACUCUCAUUUUAAUUCAUCGUAUUUCUGGUCUCCUGUCCCAACUGUGCCGGCACAGCUUGAAAAUGCCAUGUUUCUAAACAAGGUCAAGGAACACCAGGAGAAGAACGCCUCAUUCUCAUCAUCAUCGGCUUCCCACUAUCAGACAGCCCUUCUUACUAUCCCAGCUCCUGGAACCAAGGCAGAUGGAGGUGGGCAGAACGGUGGCGCGGCACACCUUCACCCUCCUCACAGCAGCCAGAACAUCACCGUUUUACCUGUCCCCUCCACGGGAAUCAUGACAGCAGCUGGUCUGGUAAUCACAACGCCUCAGGGAACGCUGGUUCCUCCCUCAUCGUCUCAGUCUUUUGUCUCCGGUCAUCCAGCGACCACCAUGAUCGUUUCAGCACUUCAUUCUGCAGACAAGAAAGAAGGAGAUGGGGCAUCACAUGUGGUUGUGAUGCCCUCACAGUCCAAAAGAGGGAGAAAGAAGAAGUCCAUGCUGUCUAGAGUUACGACUCUGGGUGGACCAGGCAAUGACACGCUAAUACUGACACACAUGACAGCUGCCGGACAGGUGUCAUCAUUACAGCACCAUGCUGGAGAUCCAUAUGAACUGUCUAAUGAAGAUGAAGAACAUGGUCAUAAAGACUCUACCAAGACAUACAGGUGCCGGAUGUGUGCGGCGACCUUCUUCAGUAAGUCUGACAUGCAGAUCCACUCCAAGUCGCACACAGAGGCCAAACCUCACAAGUGUCCUCACUGCGCCAAGUCGUUCGCCAACUCGAGCUACCUGGCCCAGCACAUCCGCAUCCACAGCGGGGCCAAGCCUUACACCUGCUCCUACUGCCAGAAAUCUUUCAGGCAGCUCAGUCAUUUACAGCAGCACACACGGAACCACACAGAGUCAAAACCCCACAAAUGUCCCCACUGUACUAAGUCCUUCGCCAACUCCAGCUACCUGGCUCAACAUCUCCGCAUCCACACUGGAGUGAAACCUUACUCCUGCUCGUACUGCGACAAGUGCUUCAGACAGCUCAGUCACCUCCAGCAGCACAGCAGAAUUCACACCGGGGAUCGGCCUUACAAGUGCACACAUCCAGGCUGUGAGAAGUCCUUCACGCAACUCUCAAAUUUGCAGUCCCACCGGCGUCAGCACAACAAAGAUAAGCCCUACAAGUGUCCCAACUGCAAUAAAGGAUACAUAGAUGCAGCCAGCCUGGAGGUGCACAUGUCCACACACACUGUCAAACACGCCAAGAUCUACUCGUGUGGGCUCUGCAGUCGCUCCUAUACAUCAGUAAGACAAAUGUCCAUUUCUGAAGAGCAUUUCUACAUGAAACACUUUGAAACGCCGCACUGGCAUCAGACGCCUGGCAGCUACUUUACACCGUGUAGUCAUGUGUCCACUGUUUCCCCUUUACCUAUCCUCCCUUCAUCUCAGGAGACCUAUCUGGUGAAACACAUGGAGAAACACAACCCAGACCAGUUGACUGCUCCUGCAGUCUCUGCAGCACAGUCAGCGCAACAGAGCCAAAGCCAGGCCCAGGGCCAGGCUGGAGCUCAGAGCCGUGUGGAGAGCACAGAUGGAGGGUCGCGCCGGCCUGGAGGCGCGGGGAGCGGAGCUGCAAGCGGAGGUCAGCAAGGACAAAGCCAGAACAACUACCCUCAGACAGAAACCAUGCCUUGUCCAUUUGACCUGCAUCAGUAUAAGACUGUAUCUGCCGGAGACAUCCAGUACAAACCAGUCAGCGUGGCUGACAUCACUUCCCACAAAGACCUCUGUCUCACCGUGUCAGCAUCCACAAUUCAAGUGGAACACCUCAACUCCUAGAGAGAAGGAAAGAAGGAAGGUGUUUUGGAGGUACUUGAUUCACGUUGAGACAAAUGGAGGAUGGAGAGUCAAAGGAUUAAAGCAAUACUACGAUAACAUGAACUUUGGAAUGCAUGACUGUGCCUGAUUAAAGAAUUGAGGCAAACAUGACAAGAUAUAUGCUGACAAGUUAUGCUGAUGAAUUAUUUUUACUUUUUUUAUUAUUUCUCCAAUUUUUCUUAGUUUCCUCUCUGCUUAGUUGUUCUGUCUGAGUGGAAUCUGCAUUCAAAGACUAAGUGUGUUUCAGUCCAUCACAGUGAUGGUUUAUGUCGGAUCUGUCUAAGAAAACGUGUUCCUUUCUGUUGCCUCCACCAAACGAUCUUCCAAGCUAACACAGGUUUGACCAUAGCAAUGAUGAAAUGGGCUGUUAACUGUGAAGGUAAUUUUUUAUACUUUCAAACAAACUUUUAGUUUUUACAUCAGUGUUCUGGCCUCGGCUUUCGCAUAGCUUCAUGCUUUGGAUCUUUUAAACCUUGAAAGGAAACUAAAGUUUUAUUUCCUUUUAA